AUGGUCUUCCAAAACUCGGAGGGUGACUACUACUGGUCUCAUGGGUUGAUAUCAGAUGCUACUUACGAACUGCUAACUUCAGUUCAAUUUCCUAAUGCAUUUGAUGAUUACAACGCCAUUGGCGACAUUUAUAUAUCAUCUGGUCAAUCAUCCAGUUACCCCUUUAGACGGAGGUUUGAAGUUGCAUCAUCCACUCAAUCGGUACAAGAACAUCUCAACGAGAAUAAAGAUGCUGAAAAUGUAGAUGUUUGUGUGCAAGAAAAAGCAUCUAAAUAUUUGAACAGGAAAGAUGUGGAAGAAGCUCUUCAUGCGCAGCUUGUUGGAGUCGCCAAAUGGGCAGGUUGCAGCGGGGUGAUGAAUUAUGAUAAAAGAAACUUUGCGAUACCUACAAUUAAUAUUGUGGGCUCUCUGGUUGUUGGAUGGACAGAAGUUUAUGGAGACAUCCUAACAUUUGCGACUAUCCGAGGAGCUGGACACUUAGCACCAUUGACAUCUCUGACGAGAUCCCUUGCCUUAUUUGCAGCAUUUCUAUCUGGGAAACCCUUUCCAGAGGCAUAA